AUGGCUACUCAACUCGCGGCAUUGAACCUGGCGGCCGUCAAAGAUGCAUACUCUUUGAUCAAACCCAAAAUAUGGAAAACUCCGGUCUACAAGGCAACGGCUCUAUCGCAUACCAUCAGCAGCACCAUAUUCCACGACAGUAACUCUGGAAUCACCGGCGUCCCAAAGGUCAAUGUAUUUUUCAAGUGUGAGAACUUGCAAAAGACCGGCUCUUUCAAAUUUCGCGGCGCUUCCCAUUUCCUUGCGAGGCAGAACGAUCGGGCGCUCCGAAACGGCCUGGUCACUUACAGCACUGGCAACCAUGGCAUUGCAUUGGCCCAAGCUGCGGCGUAUGCAUCGGAGGAGAGAGGCUUCCCCAUACCCCUGAUUGUCAUUAUGUCAAAGACAGCAGACAGAGGCAAGAUAGCCAGGAUAGAGAGUUUUGGGGCGACUGUAUCAGCAUAUUAUUCGACGAUGGAGGCUUGCGCGGUACGGGCGGAGGAGCUGCAGCUGGAAGCUGGGCUGACUUUAGUCCCAACGUCUGGUCAUCGGCACGUUGUGCUGGGCCAGGGCACUGUCAUGCUCGAGUUCCAGCAACAGAUUGCAGGCCUAGGCGAGAGGCCACUAGAUGCUGUUAUCGUUCCCAUUGCUGGAGGCGCAUUGCUAGCAGGCACAGCCCUAGUAUGCCAGGCAGCGAGCUCCCGCACCGAUGUCUUUGGAACUGAGCCACUUGAGGGCGGCCCCUCGCUCUUCCAGGGCCGCCAAAGGGGCCGCCGCAUCGAUACCCUGUGUACUGAGAAGUCGACCAUCGCCGAUGGUCUUCGUUGCCUCGUGGCCAAAUCGAACUGGGAUAUUCUCAAGAACAGGACGUUCGUCCAGGACGUAUUCCCGGUAGCUGACGACGAGAUCAGGACAGCCAUACGAUUGAUCCUGGAGAGCGCGAAGCAGCUGGUAGAGCCGAGUGCUGCAGUACCACUAGCUGCUCUGCUUUUUAAUAAACGCCUCCGUUCCAACCUGGCUCAGAGGGACGGUCCCUUAAAUGUUGGUAUCAUAUUGAGUGGAGGAAACAUCAGCGUUGAGAGGCUGUUUUCGCUUUUGUCAUGA